UAUAUAUACACACACUUCGUGUCUCUCAAUGUUGUUAUGUGGAACGCGUGUAAAACUCGUUAAUAAUUAAUUAUUAAUAAAUUUUUCUCUUUUUUUGAACAAUUAAUUUUAUUUGUUGGGAUAUCUCUUGUGCAUCAAUUUCGUGUUCUCUGUAGAAGAUAUGCUCCGCAAUAAAUAAGCCCUAAUAGCUAGAAUUAACCCUAGAAAACGUAUUUAAAUAUGGAUCUAAUCAUCGGUAGAAGUGUCAAAUUUUCUUAUUCAUUGAUUCCAAGGAAUUUGAAGUAUUUUUCGAAGCUACCGUUAUUUUUGGUCGAACAGCGUAAAGCUACUAGUUACUGUCACAUCCAAUACUUGGGAAUCACCAGUUUGCAUCGAUCAAAUGGGAUCAAUACACUUAGUAAUCGGUGCGACACACAGUUCAAACAACUUUCAACAAGUUUCCCUGUCAAAACUAACACAUCUCAGUAUGGGACCUGCAAUAGGCCAAAUUCAUCUGAAAAAUCUACAACACAAAAUAAACAGUGCUCUGAGCCACCAGCAGUGGAAAAACAAUCGUUAUUCCAGAGGAUGAAACAGAUGACGAAAGAUUAUUGGCACAUCCUCAUCCCUGUACACAUUGUAACGUCCAUCGGUUGGGCUGGUGUAUUCUACUCUGCCGCAAAAAAUGGUGUGGAUAUCGCAGGGAUGCUGGAGUCUUUGAAUUUGAGCGAAAAAUAUUUAGAAAUGGUCCGUGGCUCCAGUGCUGGUCACUGGGCAGUCGCGUAUGCUUUGUAUAAAAUUGCUACUCCAGCUAGAUAUACCGUUACACUUGGUGGCACUACCAUGUGUAUUAGGUAUCUUAAUAAAUGGGGAUACAUGAAAUUUAAAGAUACAAAGCUGAAUAAGUCCCUCAAAAGUGCCCGACAACAUAUAUCUUCUUAUGGAAAAUCCAACUUAUCCAGCAAAGUUAAUCAGCCACCGCCUCCAAAAACAUAGCAGGCAAUUUGGUUGCAUUUACUUGAAAAAAAAGAUAAAACGUGAAGCUAUUGUUUUUCUGAAAACGAAAUGUACAUUAACAAUUUUAUGACAGAAGCACUAUUUACCUUUGAUACG